AAGGGGGAAGGCUCUCCUGUGCCACCACCCUGAAGGUUUUCAGGGAGCUGGGGUUUUUGUGACGGAGACCUGGGCGGCUGGGACCGGCGGCGGAACAGUCACAGCGCCGAGGGCGGCCCGCCGGGGCGAGGGCGGAGCGGGCGCCGCUGCGCUGACGGCCUCGGCAGAAAGGGGGCGGCCGCGCCCAUUUCCUCCGCUCAGCCCGGGCCGGCGGGAUCCGCAUCGGCGAGCGGCGCCUCCCUGGUGUCGGCCGCGGCGCCUCGGGACCGUGCCGGGACUGGGGCGAGUCGGCUCUGGCCGAGCCUGCGGCGACCGCCGCCCCUCCGGACGCUCCGAAGUCCGCCGCGCGGUCGGCGUUCCGGCUGCCCGCAUGGACGCGGCGCUGAAGCGGAGCCGCUCCGAGGAGCCGGCAGAGCUCCCGCCGUCCGCCCGGGACUUGGAGGAGGAGGAGGAAGAGGGGAUGGAACAGGGGCUGGAGGAGGAAGAAGAGGUGGACCCCCGGAUCCAGGGAGAACUGGAGAAGUUAAAUCAAUCCACGGAUGACAUCAACAGACGGGAGACUGAACUUGAGGAUGCUCGUCAGAAGUUCCGCUCCGUUCUGGUGGAAGCAACGGUGAAGCUGGACGAGCUGGUGAAGAAAAUUGGCAAAGCUGUGGAAGACUCGAAGCCCUACUGGGAGGCCCGGAGGGUGGCGAGGCAGGCCCAGCUAGAAGCUCAGAAAGCCACGCAGGACUUCCAGAGGGCCACAGAGGUGCUCCGAGCCGCCAAGGAAACCAUCUCCCUGGCUGAACAGCGGCUGCUGGAGGAUGACAAGCGGCAGUUCGACUCAGCCUGGCAGGAGAUGCUGAAUCAUGCCACCCAGAGGGUCAUGGAGGCGGAGCAGACCAAGACGCGGAGCGAGCUGGUGCACAAGGAGACCGCGGCCAGGUACAACGCGGCCAUGGGCCGCAUGCGGCAGCUGGAGAAGAAACUCAAGAGAGCCAUCAACAAGUCCAAGCCUUAUUUUGAACUCAAGGCAAAGUACUACGUGCAGCUUGAGCAACUGAAGAAGACCGUGGACGACCUGCAGGCCAAACUGGCUCUGGCGAAAGGCGAGUACAAGACGGCCCUGAAGAACCUGGAGAUGAUCUCGGACGAGAUCCACGAGCGGCGGCGCUCCAGCGCCAUGGGGCCUCGGGGCUGCGGUGUGGGGGCCGAGGGCAGCAGCACGUCUGUGGAGGACCUGUCGGGGAGCAAGCCUGAGCCAGACGCCGUUUCGGUGGCCUCCGAGGCCUUUGAAGACGACAGCUGCAGCAACUUUGUGUCUGAAGACGACUCGGAAACCCAGUCUGUGUCCAGCUUCAGUUCAGGACCAGCGAGCCCGUCUGAGAUGCCCGACCAAUUCCCUGCGGUUGUAAGGCCUGGCAGCCUGGAUCUGCCCAGCCCCGUGUCUCUGUCAGAGUUUGGGAUGAUGUUCCCGGUGCUGGGCCCUCGCAGCGAAUGCAGCGGGGCCUCCUCCCCGGAAUGUGAGGUAGAACGAGGAGACAGGGCAGAAGGGGCAGAGAAUAAAACAAGCGACAAAGCCAACAACAAUCGAGGUCUCGGCAACAGCAGUGGCAAGAGCCAAAGCAGCAGCGCCCGCGAGGGCCAGGCCUUGGAGAACAGGAUGAAGCAGCUCUCCCUCCAGUGCUCAAAGGGAAGAGACGGGAUUAUUGCUGACAUAAAAACGGUGCAGAUUGGCUGACCCAUCCGAAGCCCGGGCCCAAGGGCAUAUCCGUAUUUAUACAUGGAGCUGUAUGGAGAACAUUGUGCCAAUUAUCAUUUAAUACAUGCCAAAUCUUAAGCGUUUACUCUACACUGCACUAAUGAAGUUGUGACCGUGAGGGCUGAAGAGUUUUCUUCUGGGAAAGAGCUCCUGGGCUGGUUUGUUUUUCAGAGCAGAGGCGUUGUUGCGGUGGACUGUGACCAGGGUCACAGCCUUUGUGGAAUAUUACCUGUGACCGUGUUGUGGAAGCAAUAACUAGUUCCUGUGAAAGAACCAGAGCCAGGAAAGGGACUGGGAAGCUGAGCCAACCUGGGGUCAACAGCUUGCUCCUCUUUCCUUUCUCUUACCCUCAAUUUGGGAAAAUGGGAGAUGUUCUCUCCUUUACAUCCCAGGGGACCUAAAUGAAAAAACACAAGAACAAAACUCACAUCUUCAGAAAACACCUUUUUGACCCAGCAAAGGCUUAAAAAAAAAAAAAAAAAAAAAAAAUCCAAGAACACGAUUCCUUUUCACCACCUCUGGUAUUUGGAAGGGGCUUUUAAAAAAGCAUAUAAGCUGGGAUACCCAUUAGAACCAUUUUCUAUAAAGGUUACCACGAACUGCACUUUUUGGGGUGGGAAAGGUGAAUGCCAACGUGGGGAUGGGAGGGAUGGAGAGUAGCAGGGACAUACCAUAGAAGGUGAUUUGUGGCUGUGGGAGAGAAGAGUCUGUAGCAUAAACCUUGUCCUGCCAGCCAAGGGACUUGAUUCUUAAGAGAAGUGCAUGUGAAGAAUGGUUGCCAUUGUUAUAUCUAGAUUGACAAGGUGUCAAUUCCUCUGUAGGUUGUGACUGUAAACAUAAAUUAUUUAAGGGUUAUGCUGCAUUAGUAUUUCUUAGAGGGAAUUGUUCCUUAAAGAUAGGAAAGGGAGUAGGCAUGUGUUGGCACAGGCUGUUAAAUAGAAGCAAUGAAGUCUGUUAUGCUAAUAGUAGUAAGUGUUAAGAUUGCUUUUCUUUAAUGUUUUCACGGUUACACGUAUUUAGAGCACUGUAUUUUAUUUGUCCUUUUUUGUUAAGAAAAGUUAGCAUUUCUAAAAGGAAAAAAAAAAGCAAACCCAUUUCAAGUUGUCUGUGAAUUCUGACACAGCUUGUCUAUUUUAGUCAUUUGUAAAUCUCUUCAUACUAUAGUGUUUUCUUUUUUAAUGACUGAUCCAGUAUCCUAAUUCCAAGGUUAUUUUGUACUUGUCUUAAUUCCUUGAGUGUAAUAAAAAUGGCUUCAGAAAAUGUU